GCAGCAGCAGCAGCAGUUGUGUGUUUACUUGCUUCGUCAGCGGUGUCCCCGCUAUAGUUAUCUCCUGGUCAUCACCUGCUGCUGAUUAAAACCUCGGACUUUUACCUCAGACGGCAACUUAUCCUGUAGUCAAGAGUCCUUAUCAGCAGUUUCAUCAAGCCUCCCGUGGACCUUGGUCUGGGGGCAAGUCGGGUUCACAGGUUUUUUUUUUAAGCUAACAGAAGAAGAUGACGCUAGAAUCCAAUAAAAAUGAACCUGCCCUCACUCUAGAGCCGGUGAACAGCGUCCGGACAGCCCUUUCUGAUCUGUACCUGGAGCAGCUCCUGCAAAACAAACCAAAGUCUGACAAGUUGGCUAUGCAGACCUUGGAGGACAGAGGAGCUGAGUCCUACGCCAACGGUUGCGCCGGACACAUGAACGGAUCAGAGCCGACCAGGAUGAAAGAAGUCGAGUUUGAGAAGAAUCCCUCCGAGCCGAUGGGCGUCACGCUGAAAUUAAACGAAAAGCAGCGCUGCGCGGUGGCCAGGAUAUUGCACGGGGGAAUGAUCCACAGACAAGGCUCCAUACAUGAAGGGGAUGAAAUAGCAGAAAUCAAUGGAAAAAGUGUGACAAACCACACUGUGGAUCAGCUACAAAAAAUUCUAAAAGAGACCACUGGCAUAGUAACGAUGAAGAUCAUCCCCAAGAUGCAGGGUCGACCCAGAGUGUGUGAGAUGUACAUGAGGGCUCAGUUCGACUACGACCCUUCCACGGACGACCUCAUUCCUUGCAAAGAGGCCGGUUUGAAGUUCCAGACGGGCGACAUCAUCCACAUCAUCAACAAGCAGGACCCAAACUGGUGGCAGGGCCGAGUGGAGAGCAGCGCCAUCGACUUCGCCGGACUGAUACCCUCUCCAGAACUCCAAGAGUGGAGGGUGGCCAGCAAAAGCAAGGGCAAACAGGGCAGGCAGUCCUGCAGCCCGUUCGGAAAGAAAAAGAAGUGCAAAGACAAGUACCUAGCCAAACACAGCUCCAUUUUCGACCAGCUGGACGUGAUCUCUUAUGAGGAGGUUGUGAGGCUCCCUGCUUUCAAAAGGAAAACUCUUGUGCUCAUUGGGGCGCCUGGUGUUGGGAGAAGCCACAUCAAAAAUUCUCUUUUAACAAAAUACCCUGAGAAAUUCACUUACCCUGCACCACACACCACCAGACCCCAGCGAAAGGACGAGGAGAACGGACAGGAGUAUUACUUCAUCUCAAACGAAGACAUGACCAAGUGCAUCUCUAAAAACGAGCUUCUGGAGUACGGCAGCUUUCAGGGAUUCAUGUUUGGAACCAAGUUCGAGACCAUCCACAAGAUCCACGAUCAAGGCAAAAUUGCUGUGCUGGACAUAGAACCACAGACCCUGAAACUUGUUCGGACUGCGGAUUUUGCUCCGCUGGUGGUGUUCAUCGCUCCUACCAACACAGCUGCACAGACUGAAAACCUUCAGAUGAUCCAGAAAGAGUCGGACGCCAUUUUGAGCACAUAUGGACACUACUUUGACGUGGUUCUCGUCAACAACGACGUAGAUGAAAGCGUGAAAGGCGUGGAGGAGGCCAUGGAGCAGGCCACCUCCACCCCGCAGUGGGUGCCUAUAUCGUGGGUCUACUGAAAGGGCCGUCUGGCGCCCGUUUGAUUCAGAGCCGCGUUUCCAAACGUGGUGCAAUACAUCACUCCUUCCACUAAACCUCUGAGUUAGCGGCGCGAUUGAUUUCUCUGCGCUGUUGUUUGCACAAUAAAGCAAUAUGUAGAAAGGAUAAUCUCGAAAGGGUGUUCGGCUUUAGGUGCUGCACGCCUUUUAUGAUUGCUGACAGAUUAUCAAAUGCAAAACAGGACCUCAACUGUGAAAGAUAUAAAUGCUUUAAAAUAAAACCGAAAUUGACACGUCACCUUGAAUGAUCCUCUUUUCUGACCCCAUUAGAUCGAGCCAUGAAAUGAAAAUUCUCAGACUGCUUGUUCUGUCUGUGUAACUCUGUACAACACCCUCAGCACAAAACCUUCUAGUCAACCACUGACAACCUCGCAUGGUUUUACGCUGGAUUUUCUCCAAACUGCAUUCCUUUUGGAAGUAAACACACUUUUCAGCAAAAUAAAAAAUAAAUAACUCCUAGCUCUGUUG